AAUCGUAUACAAAGAAAAAAAAAACAAAAAAACUGAGGAAGCGAAAUUAACUACGAGUCUGCUGGUACGCUCCCCUUAGUACAAUCGUCCUGAAAAUGAGAGCCACGACGACUAAGUUCGGGAUUGGUUUAACAAAGAUUAAAGAACAGGAAUUUUUUAAUUUCAAAAUGAUAAGGCCUGUGGCUUUCUUCAUUACAAAUACCUACAUAAGAUGCUGACCGUAAACACUAGUAGUAGUGGUUGAACUGAACCUUCCAACUCGCCUUCCAACUCGCUUGUCACGUUAAUACCUAUAGUUCAGUCUGGUUUGACUCCCACAGAAGACAUAUCCAGCUUAAGCGAUAUUAGUUGUCAUUCAGAGUGUGCUGUGCUAUUUUAAAACUUGGUGGCGUAUUGGUGUUGUAUUAAGAAGUAAGGAGCAUACAGUGAAUAAUGUUACACUCUGGACACAUUACAAGGCAACUCCAACUAUAUUUGAGUGUGUUUCUGGGGCUGUUUUUUUAUUCAAGGAAUAUAAAUGCUGGAGUAACUAGCAAUUAUGUUCGGCCACAAUGGCCAUCUACUGAUAUGCCCCUGGACUAUCCAGCGUUUGCAACACCAAAGGGCUACAAUGCUCCACAACAGGUUCAUAUCACUCAAGGUGAUUAUGAAGGAAAGGCAGUUAUUGUAUCUUGGGUGACCCCAUCAGAGCCUGGAUCCAGCGAGGUGUUUUAUGGCACAACAGAGCACACCUAUGAUCAUCAUGCAGAAGGCUUAGUAACAAACUACACAUUUUUCAACUAUACAUCUGGUUUCAUUCAUCAUUGUCUUAUUGAUGAUCUUGAGUAUGAUCAAAAGUACUACUACAAAAUUGGGAAUGGAAGCUCUGCACGUGAAUUUUGGUUUUUUACACCUCCAAUAAUUGAUCCAGAUUCUUCUUACACAUUUGGAGUAAUAGGGGACCUAGGGCAAACAUUCCAUUCUCUUUCAACUUUCGAGCAUUAUUUACAAAGUAAUGGGCAGGCAGUUCUAUAUGUUGGAGAUCUCUCCUAUGCUGACGAUCAUAAGUUUGACAAUGGUAUUCGUUGGGAUACAUGGGGGCGCUUUGUGGAGCCAAGCACUGCUUAUCAGCCAUGGAUAUGGACAUCAGGAAAUCAUGAAAUAGAAUUCAAACAAAACUUGGGAGAAACUGUUCCUUUCAAACCUUUUCUCCAUCGAUACUACGUUCCUUUCAAAGCAUCUAGCAGUACUUCUCCUCUUUGGUAUGCAAUAAAACGGGCAUCUGCACACAUUAUUGUUUUGUCUAGCUACUCUCCAUAUGCGAAAUAUACUCCACAAUGGAUUUGGCUAAAGAAUGAGCUCAAGCGCAUUGACAGGAAGAAGACACCUUGGCUUUUAGUUCUGAUGCAUUCUCCUAUCUACAACAGUAAUACUUAUCACUACAUGGAGGGAGAAACUAUGCGUGUUGUAUUUGAGCAAUGGUUUGUCAAAUACAAAGUGGAUCUUGUGUUUGCAGGCCAUGUUCAUGCCUACGAGCGUUCUCAUAGGUUUUCAAAUAUAGCAUACAAUAUUACAAAUAAAGAUUGUUCGCCCAUUGAAGACAUGGCUGCCCCUGUCUAUAUAACCAUUGGUGAUGGUGGGAACAUAGAAGGGAUUGCUGGAGAAUUUACAGAACCACAACCUGCAUAUUCAGCUUUCCGUGAGGCCAGUUAUGGCCAUGCUAUGCUGGAGAUUAAGAACCGCACCCAUGCCUACUAUUAUUGGAAUCGCAACCAGGAUGGAACAUUUGUGGCAGCAGACUCAGUUUGGUUCUACAACCAGUACUGGUGGAAUGAAUCCCAAAUAGCUCAAACAAGCAGAAUAAAGAAAGAUGGCAAAAGGAUCCGACCUCGUCACCAGAGAUCACCAUCCACACAAUUGGAUAUUCUUUGAAAAUUCUAUAGCACCUGGGUUUCUUGACGGUGUGUUGUAAACUUGCAAAAGUAUGUACUUUUAACAUUCAUGGUGUAUAAACUUGAAUAUAUUGAUAUUAUUUACCGUAUAUCUUGUGCCAGUUCUCGGUUAAAUUGAAAAAAGAAACAUCACAAAAUAAUGGAGACAAUAUGGAUAAGGGCCCUUUCAACGACAUUACAACCACAAGAGUAUCACUUUGUGAAUCUGGCAAAAACCAUGUUCACUGAUAUAUGGGGUGAUAUUUGCAGCUUUGGGACAGGUAUAUGGUUAAAAUUGAGGUAGCAGCGUAAAAGAGGAUCCCCCAGAAUAAUAGCAGGUUGUUGUACACUCCCAAAAGAAGAGGGGCCUUCUAGAAUUUCAUGGUUGUACUGUGAACAUGUUUUGAACAUUUGUUACCAAGUAAUCUCUCCGGUUUUGAGCAUUGUUUCA